AUGCCCAAUACACAUGUCGCAUAUUUCGAUGUAGCUCUACCGGGCUCUAUGCCCAUAUUUCAAAAGGAAACUCUUAUCCCUGCUAUUCGAGGAGCUUUGGCUUUGAAUUGUCAUAUUCAACGAAAGAGUCGAUUUGAUCGCAAACAUUACUUUCAUUGGGAUCAACCUGCGGGGUAUCAAAUUACUCAAUACUAUGAACCUUUUGCGAAAGAUGGUUAUAUUACAUUAUAUGAGCAUGAUGGAAUUGCAAAGGAAGAUGGGAAAGAAAUACACAUAGGUAUUAAGCAAGUACAAAUGGAACAGGAUACCGCCAAAACAAUUUCUCAACCGGGGGAUAUACAUUUGUUGGAUUUCAAUCGGGUAGGGUUGCCUUUGAUUGAAAUUAUUUCUUUACCGCAGAUACAUCAUCCAAGUACUGCAGCUGCUUUUGUUCGAAAGGUACAAUUGUUGUUAAACUCGGUUGAUGCUUGUGUGUUGGGUAUGCAAUCUGGUGGAUUAAGAGCAGAUGUGAAUGUAUCUGUGAGAAGAAGAACAGAAGAAGGAAGUAAUGAAUAUGCAGGAGUUCAAGGACUUGGACAAAGAACCGAGAUAAAAAAUUUGAGUAGUUUCAAAUCUAUUGAAGAUGCUAUUAUAGCCGAAAGAGAUAGACAAAUUUUAGUUCUUGAAGCAGGAGGAGUUAUCGAAGGGGAAACUAGAGGAUACGCCAUUGGAAGUACAGAGACACGAAGACUUCGAGGAAAAGAAGGUGAAGUGGAUUAUAGAUACAUGCCAGAUCCAGAUCUCGCCCCUAUUAUUAUCGACGAAAAACUUACACAACAUCUUGGUGCUACACUCGGCAUCUUACCCGAUGAAGAAUUGGGAAUCCUAGAAUUCGGAUUCCGGUUAUCGCGAUAA